GUAAUCCGUAGUUUCCGAAAACAUCCAGUUAUGGCCACCACUACUAGCAACAGCAAAGGAGCCGAACUUUCUAAAGCCGAGUACCUCAAACGGUAUAUGUCAGCAGACAACGAUUCCAGCAAAUCAAAAGGAAAGAUAAAAAAGAAACGAUGUAAUGUUCCCGAGAGAGGACUUAAAAUAGUGGACGAUGAUAUAGACUGGAGACAAAUGGUGAAGGAGCAGACGGAGGUAGAAGAAGAUGAAGAGGAAGCUCCAGUGAUUGCUGAGGUCAUUGAUGAGCGACCAGAUGAGGUAAAACAACUGGAAGCCUUCAGGACCAGCAACAGAUGGAAAAUUGUUGGAGCUGAUGAGGAAAGAGAGGAGGAGAAAGGGAGAGAACAUACAGACCCUGUUGCGUCAAGCAAAAUACGUCCUAGCUCUUCAGAUCGCUCGAUAAAGGGAAGGAAACAUGGUUCUCCUGUCACAAAACAGAGACACGACUCUCCAGAUGCUUCGCCUCCCAGGAAAGGUCGCCAUGACUCUCCAGAUGCAUCUCCUCCUAGGAGAAAUCGUCAUGAUUCUCCAGAUGCAUCUCCUCCUAGGAGAAAUCGUCAUGAUUCUCCAGAUGCAUCUCCUCCUAGGAGAAAUCGUCAUGAUUCUCCAGAUGCAUCUCCUCCUAGGAGAAAUCGUCAUGACUCACCAGAUACGUCACCUCCAAGGCCACAUUCAGGAAAGCCAAGAAAGAUGCAAAGUAAAGAUUCAUCUCCCAGGAGCAAGCACAGCUCAAGUAGGCGAUCGCCUGGUCUUCGUCGUUCACCACAUGCUAAAAAACCUCAGAACAGGCAUGAUUCUGAUUCCGACCAGUCACCUCCACGAAAAAAGCCUGUAAAACGAGAAACGUCAGACUGGGAUCAGUCUCCUCUGAGGAGACGUCCAAAAGUAAGACAGGACUCUGAUUCAGACCAGUCUCCACCCAGACGGCCGACAAGGGGCGGAAAAGACUUGGAUGGCGACUUGUCGCCGCCUCGUAGAACUGGGCCCUCACAGGGCCAAAGGAUGCUUUCUGGGGGGAAAGCGGGUCUGGUUUCUAAUGAUAUCUUAAAAAAAGAACAGGAGGAAAACCGACGAUGGGAAAAAAGCAAUCAGCCGCUAGAAUAUGAAUCCCGGAGUGCCCAGACUGUUUUCCGAGACAAGAGCGGUAAAAAGAGGGAUUUGGAUUCCGAAAGAGAAGAACAGAAGAGAAAAGCUGGAGAAAAAGCUGCAAAGGAUGAGAAAUAUGCUCAGUGGGGGAAAGGGUUGGCCCAGGGACAGAUGCAACAGCAGAAACUUGAAGAUGCGCUGCAUGAAGCCCAAAAGCCACUGGCGCGUCACUGUGACGACGAGGAUCUGGACCGCAUGUUGAGAGAGCAGGAAAGGGAAGGGGAUCCAAUGGCUGCAAUGCUGAGGCGUAAAAAGGAGCGCAGCACAAAAACACAAGUGAAGCCUCGCUACCAAGGGCCUCCACCACCUCCCAACCGGUUUAACAUCCAACCAGGGUAUCGGUGGGAUGGAGUCGACAGAUCCAAUGGAUUUGAACAGAAGCGUUACACGCGGAUCGCUGAUAAAAAAGCCAUUCAGGAGGCAGCUUACAAAUGGAGCGUGGAGGACAUGUAAAUGUACAUCAGGAGCUGACUACUCAUUGUGCUAAUAAAACAACUAACUUAAACUAAUAUUUUCAACCUGGUUUUCGUUCUGUCUAAUCCAGUUUGUUACUGUAUUAUAGGCAUCAUGACAGUGUAAAUAGCAGUACCAUCAUCUUAAUGAUUUUGUUAUAACCGUGCCAAAGUAAAGAAAUUUAGUUUUAUCAUUAAAUAAUGUUUUUGUACA